CGACGGAGCAGCGAAAAGGAACAUGGCCAAAAUCAAGGCAAGAGAUCUGCGGGGCAAGAAGAAGGAGGAGCUGCUAAAGCAGCUCGACGACCUGAAAAAUGAGUUGUCCCAGCUGCGAGUGGCCAAGGUUACUGGUGGAGCUGCUUCCAAACUCUCCAAGAUCCGUGUUGUUCGCAAGUCCAUCGCCAGAGUCCUGACUGUAAUCAACCAGACACAGAAGGAGAACUUGAGGAAGUUCUACAAGGGCAAGAAGUACAAGCCCCUGGAUCUGAGACCCAAGAAGACCAGAGCUCUGCGCCGCCGGCUCAACAAGCACGAAGAGAGCCUGCGCACCAAGAAACAGCAGAAAUAG